AUGUCUGCGACCGGCGAAAUUGACGAGAGUCUUUACUCGCGUCAGCUAUAUGUCCUGGGCAAAGAAGCGAUGUUGAAAAUGCAACAUUCGAAUGUUUUAAUUAUCGGUCUAAAGGGUCUUGGUGUUGAAAUUGCGAAAAACGUCGCAUUGGCUGGUGUAAAGUCCUUGACGCUGUAUGACCCAGAGCCUGCUACUAUUCAAGAUCUGUCGACGCAGUUUUUCCUGACGGAAAAGGACGUCGGCCAACCCAGAGAUUUGGUGUCGCAGGCCAAAUUGGCAGAACUCAAUUCUUACGUGCCCAUCAAAGUCUUGAAAUCGUUCCAGGACGAGUCGCAGCUCUCGCAGUUUGAGGCCGUCGUGGUGACGGAUACCGUUUCGCUUGCCCAGAAAGUAAAAUUGAACAGCUUUUGCCAUGAAAACGGCGUUAAGUUCAUCUCGACUGAGACAAGAGGGCUGUUCGGGUCUGCUUUUGUGGAUCUGGGUGAAGAGUUCAUGGUGAUCGAUCCAACCGGUGAGGAACCAAAAUCCGGCAUUGUGUCCGACAUUGAGCCCGACGGAACCGUCACGAUGCUCGACGACAACAGACACAACUUGGAAGACGGUGACUAUGUCAAGUUUUCGGAAGUGCAAGGUCUUGAAGGUCUCAACAACGGCACCCCAUAUAAAGUAGAAGUGUUGGGUCCGUUUGCGUUCAGGAUCGGAUCGGUUGAGAAACUGGGCGUCUACAGAAAGGGUGGUCUUUUCACACAGGUCAAAAUGCCCUUGAAAAUGAAGUUCAAAUCGCUACAGGACUCUCUGAGCCAACCAGAAUUUCUAUUCUCGGACUUUGCCAAGUUCGACAGAGCCGGACAAUUGCAUUUGGGGUUCCAAGCGUUGAGUGUGUUCCAAAGCAGGCAUCAAGGGCAGCUUCCAAGAGUCCAGAACGAAGAAGACGCUAAUGAAAUUGUUCAAUUAACUACUGGACUAGCUGCUCAGGAGCCAGACGUUCUUAGCGGCGCAGAAAUCAACACUGAUUUGAUAAAACAACUUUCUUACCAAGCAAGAGGUGACAUUCCAGGUGUGGUAGCCUUCUUUGGUGGAUUCGUGGCGCAAGAAACUCUCAAAGCGGUUUCUGGUAAAUUCACUCCGCUCAAACAAUACAUGUAUUUCGAUUCAUUGGAGUCUCUUCCGGAUCCUAAAGAGUUCCCUAGAACGGAGGAGACUGCUAAACCUUUGAAUUCUCGUUAUGAUAAUCAAAUUGCGGUUUUUGGUCUCGAUUUCCAGAGAGCAAUUGCCAACUUGAAAGUGUUUUUGGUAGGUGCUGGUGCCAUUGGUUGCGAAAUGCUCAAGAAUUGGGCCUUGCUAGGGUUAGGUUCGGGGCCCGACGGUAAAAUAUGUAUUACGGACAACGACUCGAUCGAAAAAUCCAAUCUAAAUCGUCAAUUUCUCUUCCGUCCCAAGGACGUUGGAAGAGAUAAGGCUGAGAUUGCAGCAAUUGCUGUCAGCGACAUGAACGCCGACCUAAAGGGCAAGAUACAUUACAUGACCGAAAAAGUUGGUCCCGAAUCUGAAACCGUUUUCAACGAUGCCUUCUGGACCUCUUUAGACUUUGUUACAAAUGCUUUGGAUAACAUCGAUGCCCGUACUUACGUUGAUCGCCGCUGCGUUUUUUACAAAAAGCCUUUGUUGGAAUCUGGCACAUUAGGAACAAAGGGGAACACGCAAGUUGUGAUUCCGUACUUAACUGAGUCUUAUUCAUCUUCGAGAGAUCCACCAGAAAAAUCCAUCCCCUUGUGUACUUUGCGUUCUUUCCCUAACAAAAUUGACCACACCAUCGCUUGGGCAAAAUCUUUGUUCCAAGGAUACUUUACCGAAGCCGCUGAAAACGUUAACUUCUACCUGACUCAAAAGAAUUUUGUCGAGCAAACGCUCAAGCAGGCGGGAGAUGUUAAAGGUAUUUUAGAAACAAUUUCAGAUGCUUUGAGCAACAGACCUUUGGAGUUCGAAGAUUGCAUCAAAUGGGCUCGUUUGGAGUUCGAGAGAAAGUUCAGCAACGAUAUUAAACAACUUUUGUACAAUUUCCCAGCUGAUUCAAAGACAUCAACUGGUGCGCCAUUUUGGUCCGGACCUAAACGUGCUCCCAAACCCCUUGAAUUUGACAUCAAUAACCCCGAUCAUUUCCAUUUCGUUGUUGCCGGAGCCAACUUGCGUGCCUUCAACUACGGCUUGAAGGGUGAUGGCGUCAAUGAGCCUAAUAAAGCCUUUUAUUCCAAAAUUCUAGAAAGCUUCACUGUACCUCCGUUCUCGCCACGGUCUGAUGUUAAAAUUCAGGCUAACGAUGAUGAGCCGGAUCCUAAUGCCGCAGGCGCUGAAAGUGGAGACGCUCUUGAAGUUUUGGCUUCAUCCCUUCCUGAUCCCUCCACCUUGGCAGGAUUCAAGUUGCUUCCAGUCGAAUUUGAAAAGGAUGACGACACGAAUCAUCACAUCGAGUUCAUCGCAGCAGCAUCAAACAAUAGGGCUUUGAACUACUCAAUUGAACCGGCAGAUCGCCAGAAAACCAAAUUUAUUGCAGGUCGCAUAAUACCAGCCAUCGCAACCACGACAGGCCUAGUGACGGGACUGGUAAACCUUGAGCUUUACAAGGUGGCUAGCGGAAGCAAAGACAUCGAAAAAUAUAAAAAUGGCUUCGUGAAUCUGGCUUUGCCAUUCUUGGGUUUUUCCGAACCGAUCGCAUCCCCAGAGGGUAAAUAUAACGAUAAAAGUUACGAUAAAAUUUGGGACAGGUUUGAUAUAAGCGGGAAUAUCACUUUGCAGGACCUCAUUCAACGCUUUGAAUUAGAGGAAGGUUUGGAAAUUACAAUGUUGUCUUACGGUGUCUCCCUCCUAUAUGCGUCCUUUUUCCCCCCCAAAAAACUCAAGGAAAGAAUGGGUCUUCCUAUAACGGACGUUGUCAAACUCGUUACCAAAAACGAAGUUCCAAGCCAUGUUAAAACGAUGAUAUUGGAAAUUUGUGCCGACGAUAAAAAUGGGGAGGAUGUCGAAGUGCCAUAUAUUACUGUCCAUUUGUAG